CUAAAAACCGGAUGUGCCAUUCACGCAUUUAGUAAAAACAGGUUAGCCACAAGUUAUAAACUUCGCCUAUUUCUAUGUGAUUUUAAACCUAACCUCAACACACUGCUAACCUUAUGCCUAACCCCAAAUUAAGACCAUAAAUAAUUUUUGUUUUCAUACAUUUUUACGAUAUGCCAAUUUUGACUUUGUGCCUGUGCUAUUUAGUGGAAAUGUUAAACAAAAAAUGAAACUAUGCAACCGACUCUUCAACCGCAACCUAUAUCCUUGUUUGCACUGUCACCAUCGAGACCUCUUUAGACGGAGAUAAUCCAAUUUUUAAGAAGAAAUAUUUGAUCCAGGCAUUGCGGAAACACGUUUAGAGAAUGAGCAAUUUCGCCCUACUGUUUUGUUUCGCCUUUUCAAUUUUGUCCUCCUCGUGCACAGUGCCGAAGAAGAGGAACGACAUGCCGAUAAUCGGUGUCUUGGCUCAGGAGGUAGACUCACCUCAACCACAGAAGGCCUCUUAUAUAGCAGCAUCGUAUGUCAAGUUCCUGGAGUCUGCAGGAGCUAGAGUCGUCCCUGUGAUGAUAAAUCAGACACUGGAAGAGUACAAAACACUGUUUAACUCCAUUAAUGGAAUACUCUAUCCUGGUGGUGAUGCUAGCAUCGUUUCAUCUGGGUAUGCGAACGCUGCUAGAAUCUUUUACGAGCUUGCCAUAGAGGCCAACUCGAGGGGGGACUAUUUCCCUGUAUGGGGUACCUGUCUUGGAUUUGAGGAAUUGACAUACCUGACCAGCGGAAAGAAGCUUCUAUCCAAAACCAACACCAGUGGUGUGAUGUUGCCACUGGUUUUCACUAACGGAUCCAGAGAGAGUAAGCUGUUCAAGGGCUUUCCAGCAGAGGUCCUGGAUGCCUUGGCCUCUGAGCCAAUCACUGAAAACUCUCAUGAAUUGAGUCUCACUCUGGAGAGUUAUAACAACAAUACAGACCUUAGGAAGUUCUACAAAGUCUUGACUACAAACAGUGAUGGGAAAACAGAGUUUGUGUCAACUAUGGAAGCAUACGGUUUCCCUAUCUAUGGAACCCAGUGGCACCCUGAAAAGAAUGCAUUUGAAUGGACAAGGCCAUACAUUCCACACUCGCCAUCGGCUGUUAAGACCACUUUCUUUUUGGCUGAUUUCGUGGUCAAUGAAGCUAGAAAGAAUUUUCACAAAUUUGAGGAUGAAGAGGUGGAGAAGAGAGCACUGAUAUACAACUACAAUCCUGUGUACACUGGAAACAUUUUUGCCUUUGAACAAACAUAUUACUUUUGAGUAUUGUUUUUGAAUGGAGUGAGUGUCAUUCAACAAAUUUCUUUCAAUCAAUGUAAGCAACACUUAUUGCUGUACAUUUCUGUAAAUUAAAAGUUUGAUUUGUAUGUUUUGGUAAUGGUUUUACAAAGAUUAAAGUAACUGAUGACAAUUAAGUUGUUCGAAUGA